AACCUCGUCAUAUACCUCGUCAGUUGAAAUCCUACCUACAAAGUAAACUGACAACCUAGGUUAGAUAGAUCGUGAUCAAUCUCGCCUCGUUAAAACUUGUCGAUACAAAGUGAAAAGUGUUCGACUCUGAACGUAGAAAAUCUUGAUCGACCUAUAUUGUGACGUGAAACAAUUUUUUAAAUAUUUAAUGUACUUUCUACAUUUUUCAUGAUUUUAUCCAGUUAUCUGUGAAUCGACUUAAGGAGAUGAAUAGUUUCGUGUGAUCAUACUUGUGAUAGUGAUUAAUUUGUGUUCAGAAUUUCUUUUUCCAUUCGAAUUUCUUGAUGAUGGAGUCAAUGUCACUCAGUGCUGCUAAUUCAAGUAGAUUUUGACAUACAUAAUCAGAGUAUUUAACGAAGACUGGCUGAAUAAAGUGUUUCGACAAAAAGUUAUCAACAAAGGUUAUCUCUUGCUGAGAGUUCCAGGAUGAUCAAUAUCAUCGUCAAGACUAUUUUGCUGGUGUAUCUUUUUCAAUUGUUUGUUGGGAUAAUUGGCCAGUCGCCGUGUCCCAACUACUUCCGAUAUAUUCAAGAUGAUGUCUCAAACGAACUCAUUGGUUACAUUGAAAUACCAUUCCCACCACGUGGAGUUAUCUUGCAACUCAGCGUCAGUUUAAGUAUCGCUGUUGCACUACCUUCGAAAUACGUUGGACGAUUGGAAUUGGCAAAUUCGAAAGAACAAUCGAUUAAGGCAGUGAACCAGGGCAGGCCUCUGUCGUACAAAAUCCAUUUUCCUCUACCUCGACCAAUACCAUUAUUAAGCAGUUUGUGGUUCAACGAUCGAUUUAUCUGUUCCGGUCCACGUGCAACUGGGCCGAUUGUCACCUCUAUUGUAUUAAAUCACACACUUUACCCACCUGGAAAUGCUCUCAGUAAGCAGCCAGAAUUUAAUGACAAUAAUAAUUGGAACAGGGUGGGAAAUAUAUAUCCACCUGCAUCAAUAAUCAACCGACGUGAACCUUUGCAAUCCCCGCAAAUAGGACCAAAUGUGCCAAAUGUUAGACCCGCGCCACCAAAUAAUGAACAAAUUAAUCUAGUGUGUGGUCGAAGCAGUAUGGAACCUGUUAAUCCUCUCAUAGUUAGAGGCGAGAAAGCGUCCCCUGGUCAGUGGCCAUGGCUGGCAGCAAUCUUUUUGGUCAAGUUAGAAUUUGAACUUCAGUGCGCAGGCACGUUGAUUUCGAAUACACAUAUUAUUACAGCUGCACACUGUUUACAAAUGAAUAAAGUAAAUCUACCUGCUGGCUCAUUUUUGGUAUCCUUGGGACGCUAUCGACUCCGAGACUGGAGAGAGAACGGUUCGGAGAAUCGGGAAAUAAGAGAGUACAGAGUUCACCCCGAUUUUGUCGCGGGUGGUAAUGCCGAUGCAGAUCUAGCCUUAUUGAUACUACAAGAGAGAGUGGAAUUCAAUUCGAUGAUAAAACCUAUUUGUCUUUGGUCCGGACCUUCGCUUCUGUUGAACGUUGUAGGCAAGGUUGGCUACGUAGUAGGCUGGGGACGUGACGAAUUGGGAAACCCGUAUGUUCAAGAACCUCGACAGAUCAAGGUUCCGAUCGUGGCUCAGGAAGUUUGUCUCUGGAGCAACAGCAACUUCGUCGCGUUCACCUCAAACCGAACGUUCUGCGCUGGUCAAAGAAACGGAAGUGGCCCAUGCAACGGAGAUAGCGGAAGCGGCUUCGUGAUAUACAGUAGGGAAAUGGAUCGUUAUCUAUUGCGAGGGGUCGUUUCGAGGUCCCUUUUGGACAGUAGCACUAUGUCUUGUGACUUAUCGCAAUUCGUCAUUUAUGUAGACAUUGCUCAACAUCUAAACUGGAUACAAACAGAGAUUUCUAAGAAUAAUUGAUGAUCAAUGAUUAACUGAUAAAUUAUUGAUGUUUGUAACUAUAAAUAUACUAGUCGAUUAGAUUUUGUAUAUAAAUUAUUAUUUUAUCAUAUUAAACCUUGAAUAGUUAGU